AUGGCAACAACCUACCGCGAAGACCCGGCCUGGGCUGACAUCGAACCCAUAGCACAGGAUGACGGCGGGCUGCACCCGCUCGCCGCCAUCGCAUACACGGAGGAGUACAGUGAAGCCAUGGGCUAUCUGCGCGCUGUCAUGGCCAAGAACGAAUUCAGCCAGAGAGUGCUGGCUCUCACCGAACACAUCAUAUCCAUGAACCCGGCGCAUUACACUGUCUGGCUCUACCGCGCCAAAACCCUCUCCGAGCUCGAAGCCUCCCUCCAAGACGAAAUCGCAUGGCUGAACCCCACCGCCCUCAAGCACCUCAAGAACUACCAAAUCUGGCACCACCGUCAAACCAUGAUCAACGGCAUCGGCUCUCCCGCCGGUGAGCCCGAGUUCAUAUCUACCAUGCUUGAGCAGGAUUCGAAAAACUACCACGUGUGGAGCUAUAGGCAAUGGCUGGUGAAGCGUUUCAAUCUCUUCAAGGACGACGAGGAAUUGAGGUGGACCGAGGGCAUGAUCGAUACUGACGUCAGGAACAACUCGGCCUGGAACCACCGCUGGUUCUUAGUCGUCGCAGGCCUUGACGGAAAGCCUUUGUCGGAAGAAACGGUGAAGCGGGAGCUGGACUUUGCCAAACGCGAGGUCCGGAAAGCGCCGCAAAACCAGUGCCCAUGGAAUUACCUAAAGGGCGUUGUCCGCCAUCAGAAGCUGCCAACCUCGACCCUCAAAGAUUUCGCGCUCGAGUUUGCAGACAUGCGCCGCCCGGAUGACAUCUACUCUAGCCAUGCCCUCGAUCUACUUGCUGACAUCUAUGCAGAAGAGAAAGGCAGCGAACAGGACGCUAAGAAGGCAUUGGAUCUGCUGGCGACCAAGUAUGACCCCAUUAGGGCCCAUUACUGGAACUAUAGAAAAGGCUUGCUCGAGCAGACUGAGGCGGUAGCUUAAACUUCACACAUGACGUGGAAAAAUAUUGGGCGCAAAAGAGAAGAAUGGGUGUGAGACACACCAAGUGCAUUGAUACCAGGAUGGCGUUAUGGGAGGUCCAAUUCAACAAGUUUUUCGUCUCGCAUCAUGACCAUGAUACCUGACGUUUUAUCUCUCUACUCUACUAUCCACUCUUGUGCAAGUCUAACGCUAUCAUUACAGUCUGACAUGGCAGGAGGACCACUUUGCGUACGGCCAGUACGGUUUUCCGUGCACGAGUGGGCUUUCCCGACGGAUGCCCUAUCGUCUCCCCGCAUCCGCUCCGAGGGUCCCUGGUACUUCAGUAACCACCAAGGCUUUUGCUUUUAUCGCGCGCCGAUAACCCAAGUCACAAGCC